AUUACAUCAACGAUAAAUAACAGAAAUAACUCAGACACACACACAGACACAUAUAGAUAAAUAUUUCAUUUUCAAUUUUAUUUUCAGUGUUCGAUUCGUAAUCUCUGGAGUCGCAAGCAUGACAGCACUUCAGGCCUCAACCUCCUAUGGCGUCGGCAUUUCGACCUUCGUUACCUCUCCUCGUCUUCGUCUCCAUCACCGCCAUGUAAUCACUGCCCAAGUGGAACCAUCGGACAAGUCUGUUGAAAUCAUGAGGAAGUUCUCGGAGCAGUAUGCUCGUAAGUCGGGAACAUACUUCUGUGUCGACAAAGGAGUUACUUCUGUUGUUAUCAAGGUAUUUUUCAUUUAUUUUCUUUGGAUUGAUUACUUUGUUUUCUUUUCCUUAAUCUCAUUGAAGUUUGUGUUGUCUAAAUUGUGAAUUUAAAUAAGUAGA